CGACCGAAACCCUCCAUCGCCGCACCCAACCGGCCGAUUCCAUCCAAACUCCACACCAACUUUGACUACAGCAUGUCUGCAACCCAGCAAGCCAGCUCCCCGUGGUUGUAUUUCCUCCUGGGAAACAUCCUGCCGACCAUUGCGUACUUUGCCUACAAGCACACGUCCCCCGGGAAGGCCGCAAGGGAGGAAACCGAGUACGACGACAGCGACGACGACAGCGAGUACGAGCACGACGACGGCGCCCGCGGCGGUUCGAGCGCGGCGGGCGAGUGGGGCAUAGCCGACGCGCCCUACAAGAUGGUCCUGGUCGUCAACCACGAGCUGGGAAUGGGAAAGGGAAAGAUCGCCGCCCAGUGCGGCCACGCCUCGGUCGGCUGCUACAAGAGGGCGGCGAGGCUCUGCCCGGCCGGCCUCCGGGCCUGGGAGCUCACGGGCUGCGCCAAGAUCGCCGUCAAGUGCCCGACCGAGGAGGAGAUGAGGGGGAUCUGCGAGGCGGCGGCCGGCCGUGGCCUCCCGCUGUACCUGGUCGAGGACGCCGGCCGGACGCAGAUCGCCGCGGGGUCCAGGACGGUCCUGGGGAUCCUGGGGCCGGCCCGCGUCUUUGAGGGCCUCACCUCCCACCUGAAGCUCCUGUGAGCGGGAGCGGGAAACGCGGGCGGGAAGCGACGCGAUGCGACGCCGCGGGCCGUGGGUCUUUGGGGGGCCGGACGCCAACCGAUCGAUCGACCGGAGCGGGAUGCCGCACGACGACAACGACGACGACCGCAAGAAUCCAAACGGCGCCGACCGUCGCCUCGACCGUGUGUCUCUCGCGGUUGUGGGAUCUGUAUCGCCUGCCAUUCGGCUGUCAAAAAAUCCGCCACGCCGUGGAUUCCCCUCGCCGCAUGCGUACUUCCGAGAUUUCGCUCUCCGAUCGGUCCAUCUGCGUUUCGGUUUUAUCCACUCCAUCCAUGGUGGCAAGAAACGGAUUCGCACGAUAACAAUAAGGCACAAGUCCUCUUUGACACUUAUCGCACCAAAAAAUGAUCUGAGCAAUAUUCUGGGCCAAAAAAGAGAAUUGCCAGUCUCGAACCAUUCUUUUGAACCGUUUGUUCCUGUAGUCCCUGUGCCAUCUGAAUGCAUUUUCUCAUACCGUACUAGUAUUGAAAACACUGCCCAAACCCCCCUUUGGUAGACCAUGCAUGUGCUGUAAAAUAGCAGUGCCAGUGCCGCAGCCCUGGUGGUGGCAGUGUGGCAUCUCGUCUUACUACUACCAAUAGAGGCUCAUACCGGAAGAAUGAGUGCCCUUGAAUCUAGUAGCUUUUGUGCCCUGCAAAAUGAAGUCUUAGCCUUCUGCUAGCUGCUGGUUGUUGGCCACAGCACAAUCCUUCCAACUGCGGAAAACCCCACCACAGCGAAUUCUUUCCAAUUUUGGAAAGCUUUUCACAAAGAAUGACCCCAAAAUUGAGAGCAUGAAAAUUCACCACGCUAAAUAUUGUCUUGUGACGGUUCUUUGUCAUUUUCAACAGACAAUAUUCACUACCAGCACUGCAAGUACUACCAUCUUUUUCUGUACUAGUACUAGUGGUACCAGGGAUGGUGGUCUGCAAAUGCCUGCUCUCAUCUAUGGAUGAUGCAACUUCUUUUUGUACUACUAGCUACUAGUAGUACUACUACUAGUACGGGGAUCAAUUGAUAGAAUACUUGUAGUAGUAAUAGAGUGCCUAGUACUACUAGUAGGGAAUUGCACAAUCAGGUGUGAUUCUGAAUCAAAUUUGUAGAAUGUU